UAUUCGUGUAGGGUUCAGAAAGUUAGGUUGCUACGGGACUGAAGCUGUAAGGGACUGGGAAAUUUUAAAUGAUUAGCUGUGCAAUUAAAGUGUCAUAAGAUCAACGAAACAUUCGAAUAUAGGAAAUAAAAGAAAUUACGUGUAACUUCACCAUGUUUGUAGGAAUUUUUUAUUUACAAUCUUGGCAAUAAUUGAGCAUCUUCUGCUGUCAGAAAGAUCUGAAAAAUAGAAGCUGGAAGUGGAACGUGGAGGAAUGACAAGCCCUUCACCCCAGUCUUCACCUAUGCCCCCUCCCCAGACUCCUCCAAUGGGACCUCCCCAGCAGUCCCCUUCACCCAUGCCGUCUCCAUCAGGCAUGCCACCACCGCCUCAGGCACCAACUACUAUGGGCCCUCCACAACAUCAUCCACACAGUCCAACAGGCUACACCCAAGGCCCAUCUCCAGGAGUGAUGCAUAUGAAUGGACCAUCAGGGCCACCGCAGCAUGCCAUGACUUCAGGCACACAAACGUUCCAGCAGCAUACCAUGGGCAUGGGCCACCCUCAGCCUGGACCUCAGGGGUUCAGUGGCCCAAAUGACCCACAACAGAAACAUGCCUUCAGUUCAAACCAGCUGCAGCAACUGCGAGUGCAAAUCAUGGCAUAUCGGCUGCUGUCACGGAACCAACCACUGUCACAGCAAAUUGCAAUGGCAAUACAGACAAAGAGGAUUGACCCCCCACUCAGUCACCCCAGCCAAUGCCCCACUCCACCCUAUCAACAGCAGCAACAGCUUCAGCAACAACAGCAACAGCAGCAGCAACAACAGCAGCAACAACAGCAGCAACAACAACAACAACAGCAACAACAACAGCAGCAGCAGCAACGGACCAAUCAGCAGCAGUCUGACUCAGGGUCAUCUACCCCACCUGGCAUGAUGCAGCACCCUAUGCGGCCACCAGGCCCCCCAGGUGGGCAGCCCCCCACACAGUCUCCAAUGACUGCUCAAAUGGCCCCUCCCAUGGGACCAGCUCCACCUCCACAACAACAGCAGCAACAACAGCAGCAGCAACAUCAACAACAGCCACAACAACAACUACAACAGCCACCGCCCAUGCCCCCUGCACCAGUAUCACAGCCUUCACGACUCCCUCAGCAAACUUCUGCUCAGCCCACCAUGCCUUCCCUACCACUAGCUCAGCAAGCACCACUGCCUCCGCCUCCUACAGUGAUGCCACAAGCACCAGGUCCCAUGCCACAAAUGCCAACUCAGCAGCAGCCCAUUGGCUCUGGUCCGGUGUCAGGUAGCAUGGCCCCAAUGAUACCAUCAAGUAGACAGUCGGCGCCACCGGUCCAACAGCCCUGUGCACCACAGGCCCACCAGAAGCAGAAUAGAGUCACAUCUGUAUGUAAGCCACUUGGGUUGGACCCGCUUCUCAUAUUGCAGGAGAGGGAGAACAGAGUUGCAGCCCGUAUUGCUGAGCGCAUUGAACAGCUAAGUAACCUACCCACCACCAUAUCAGAAGAUCUUCGUGUACAAGCUCAGAUAGAACUCAGAGCUCUCAGAGUUCUGAAUUUUCAGAGACAACUCAGAAGUGAGAUUUUAUCAUGUACACGAAGGGAUACAUCCCUCGAAACAGCAAUGAAUGUGAAAGCAUACAAACGCACCAAACGCCAAGGAUUGCGUGAGGCAAGAGCAACUGAGAAAUUGGAGAAACAGCAGAAACUGGAGGCAGAGAGAAAAAAGAGACAAAAACACCAGGAAUUCUUGAUAUCAGUUCUGCAACAUGGAAAGGAUUUCAGAGAAUAUCAUCGUAACAAUCAAGCCAGAGUGGCACGCUUGAACAAGGCAGUCAUGAAUUACCAUGCAAAUGCAGAGCGUGAGCAGAAGAAAGAGCAGGAACGUAUUGAAAAGGAGCGUAUGCGUCGCCUCAUGGCAGAGGACGAAGAAGGAUAUAGGAAAUUGAUUGAUCAGAAGAAGGACAAGCGUCUUGCAUUUUUGCUGUCACAGACAGAUGAAUAUAUUGGCAAUCUCACUGAAAUGGUGAAGCAGCAUAAGAUAGAACAGAAACGCAAACAGCAGGAACUUAAACAGAAGAAGAAAAAGAAAAAGAAGAAGAAUGCUGAAGGUGAAGGCAAUGGGGAAGGAGGCGAGGCUGAUGAAGAAGGCUCUCAGUCUGCGGAUACAGGAGUUACUGUUGUUGAGAUUGCCACUGGCAAGCAGUUGACCGGAGAGGAAGCACCACUGACCAGUCAGUUGCAGGCUUGGCUUGAUGCACAUCCUGGUUGGGAGGUACUGGAGGAGGAAGAGGAUGAUGAAGAUGAAGACGAUGAUGAUGAAGAUGGCUCAGAAGAAGACUCAGAGGAGGACGAUCAGGACUGUUUGUCCACUCUCAAACCAAAUACAUCAAAUAGUUCAAGUGCAUCAGAUGAGGACAAGGCAAGAGAGAUGAUAAAGAAGGCAAAGGUUGAAGAUGAUGAGUACAAAACAUCCACAGAGGAGCAGACAUAUUACAGUAUUGCACAUACAAUUCAUGAGAUAGUGACAGAGCAAGCCACCAUCUUAGUGAACGGAAAGCUGAAGGAGUACCAAAUAAAGGGCCUAGAAUGGCUUGUUUCACUGUUCAACAACAACCUAAAUGGAAUUCUAGCAGAUGAGAUGGGUCUUGGCAAAACGAUCCAGACAAUUGCUCUCAUCACAUAUCUGAUGGAGAAAAAGAAAGUGAAUGGACCAUUCCUCAUCAUUGUUCCUCUCUCCACUCUCUCGAACUGGGUUCUGGAGUUCGAUAAGUGGGCACCUUCUGUGGUGGUCGUGGCAUACAAAGGCUCACCUGCCAUGCGACGGCAGAUACAGAGUCAGAUGCGGUCCACAAAAUUCAAUGUUCUCCUCACAACCUAUGAAUAUGUGAUCAAGGACAAAGGAAUGCUUGCCAAGCUGCACUGGAAGUAUAUGAUAAUUGAUGAGGGCCACCGAAUGAAGAACCACCACUGUAAGCUCACUCAAGUCCUCAAUACACAUUACCUGGCCACACACAGGCUCUUGUUGACUGGAACUCCACUUCAGAAUAAGCUGCCUGAGCUCUGGGCACUUCUGAAUUUUCUACUUCCAUCUAUUUUUAAAUCCUGCAGCACGUUUGAGCAGUGGUUCAAUGCUCCAUUUGCAACAACUGGAGAAAAGGUUGAACUGAAUGAAGAGGAGACUAUUUUGAUUAUCCGUCGUCUUCAUAAAGUAUUGAGACCAUUUCUUUUGCGGCGAUUGAAGAAGGAGGUGGAGUCUCAGUUGCCUGAUAAGGUUGAGUACAUUGUAAAGUGUGACAUGUCAGGCCUUCAGAGGGUGCUGUAUAGACAUAUGCAGAGUAAGGGUGUGUUGUUGACAGAUGGUUCAGAGAAAGGGAAACAAGGCAAGGGUGGAGCUAAAGCAUUGAUGAAUACCAUUGUCCAAUUGCGAAAACUUUGCAAUCAUCCCUUCAUGUUCCAGAAUAUUGAGGAAAAGUACUGUGACCAUGUGGGGUCCCAAACAGGAGUAGUAUCAGGGCCUGAUCUGUAUCGAGCAUCUGGAAAAUUUGAGCUUUUGGAUCGGAUACUACCAAAACUGAAGGCAACCAACCACAGAGUGCUGCUCUUCUGUCAGAUGACACAGCUUAUGACCAUCAUGGAGGAUUACUUAGGUUGGCGUGGAUUUUCCUAUCUGAGGUUGGAUGGCACAACUAAAGCUGAGGAUCGUGGUGAUCUUCUCCGCAAGUUCAACAGCCCUGAUUCAGAAUACUUCUUAUUUCUUUUGAGUACACGGGCUGGAGGACUUGGUUUGAACCUGCAGGCAGCUGACACUGUUAUCAUAUUUGAUUCAGACUGGAAUCCUCACCAGGACCUACAAGCACAGGAUCGAGCCCAUCGUAUAGGACAACAGAAUGAGGUUCGUGUACUACGACUGAUGACUGUCAACUCUGUAGAAGAGAGGAUCCUGGCUGCAGCCCGCUAUAAACUUAACAUGGAUGAGAAGGUUAUCCAAGCUGGCAUGUUUGAUCAGAAAUCCACAGGCUCAGAAAGACAGCAAUUUCUGCAGAGCAUCUUGCAUCAAGAUGAUGCUGAAGAGGAGGAGGAGAAUGAAGUGCCUGAAGAUGACACAGUGAACCGUAUGAUUGCUCGUAAUGAGUGUGAGUUGGAACUGUUUUCACGCAUGGAUCUAGAACGUCGCCGUGAAGAAGCAAAACUUGGUCAAAACCGCAAAUCACGACUGAUAGAAGAAGGUGAAUUGCCUGAUUGGCUUGUCAAAGAUGAUGAAGAGGUUGAGCGAUGGACAUUUGAAGAGGAAGAAGAAAACUACUUGGGACGGGGAUCAAGACAGAGGAAAGAAGUGGACUAUAGUGACAGCCUUACGGAAAAGGAAUGGCUUAAGGCAAUAGAUGAAGCUGGGGAGGACUUUGAGGAAGAGGAGGAAGAAGAAGAGAAGAAACUACGCAAGAAAACACGAAAACGGCGGAAAAAGGGAGAAGAAGAUGAAGAAGAAGAGUCAACACAAGUGAAGAAACGCAGAACUACCACAGCAACUGCAGCUACCAUAACCACAUCAGUAGACCCAAGACUCAAACGUCAGAUGAGGAAGUUGAUGAACAUUGUCAUCAAAUACACAGACAGUGAUGGGCGAGUGCUAAGUGAGCCAUUCAUGAAACUUCCUUCUCGUCGUGAAUUGCCAGACUACUAUGAAAUUAUCAAGAAACCUCUCGACAUCAAGAAGAUCCUGCAGCGAAUUGAUGAUGGCAAGUUCAAUGAUUUUGAUGAUCUGGAGCGUGACUUCAUGCAACUAUGUAAGAAUGCACAAACAUACAACGAAGAAGCAUCUCUAAUACACGAGGAUUCUAUUGUUCUCCAGUCAGUUUUCACCAAUGCUAGGCAACGUCUUGAGCAAGAAGGAGAGUCAGAUGAUGAUGAUAAGUCACGAGGUGAUGGUGCAGAAGAAGAAAUUCCUUCUGAUGCAGAUUCCUCUGUGAAGAUGAAAAUCAAACUGAAAGGCCGCAAGGUAGAAUCUCGGGGUGGUGGCCGUCGCAAAAGAUGUACGAGGAAGUAUGUUAGUGAUGAUGAAGAAGAUGAGCCGCUGGUAGGCAACUGAAAUGGCAGUUAAAAUGGUGAAAAUGGUAUACAUGUUAGGGUUUAUGUGAAUGUUAUGUAUUAUGUGACAGUAUUGAAAGUACUGGUCAGUUCAGAAGUUUCUGCCAUUUUGCAUUGUAGAGGCUGAAAUCACAUUGAGUAUCCAAAGAUAUGAGUAAAAAUGGUUAUAGUACUAGCUACUAAGGAGGAGCCAGGAUAGAAAGUCGGGAUAGCAACUGGCUACAGGCUGGACAACCGAGAGGUCAGAGUUCUAGUCCCGGUAGGGUCAAGAAUUUUCUCUUCUC